AUGAAUUUAAAGGCAAUUUUCGCGAUUUUAAUAGUAUUUAUCGGAUGCUGUUGCAAUGCUGUCAGUUUGGAGCUAAUCGUACGGCUUGAUCCCGGUGCCGGAAAUUUGGUUACGUUUCUGCAUUUUCUAAUGAUUGCCGUAAUCGGAUCCAUCACCUCAAGGUGCUUUACGGUUGGUCGCAAGAUUGCUCUGAGGGAUUAUGCGCUGCUGGUGCUGCUCUUCUUUGGCUCGAAUGUGUGCAACAAUUAUGCCUUUAAUUUUAAUAUAGCGAUGCCGUUGCACAUGAUCUUCCGCAGCGGCACGCUGAUGGCCAACAUGAUCAUGGGCAUUUUUCUGCAAAAGAAACGCUAUUGUCUACGCCAGUACAGUGGCGUACUGUUCAUCACAAUAGGAAUUGUGCUCUGCACUUUGGUGUCCAGUGCCAAUAUCAGGAAUAGAACACAUGCCACGCUCAAAGUGAAUGAUGCCACUGGCAGUGCCACAUCGGAUCUGUUCUGGUGGAGCGUGGGAAUCACGUUGUUGACCACCGCACUGCUGGUCAGCGCCUACAUGAGCAUCUACCAGGAGCUACUCUACAAGCGCUACGGCAAACAUCCGAAUGAGGCUUUGUUUUAUACGCAUUUGUUGCCGCUGCCCGGUUUCAUUUUUAUGGCUGGCAACAUUGUGCAACACUGGCAAAUUGCUGUCAGCUCGCCGAAAGUUGCCAUAACAAUUGGUUCGACGGAUAGCUGGUCAAUUCCCGUGAUGAUUCUCUAUCUAAUCGGCAAUGGAAUUGCACAAUAUAUUUGUAUUAGUGCCGUUUAUGUGCUGACCACAGAAUGCACCUCGCUUACCGUCACCAUGGUCGUCACGCUGCGCAAGUUCCUCUCGCUGAUCUUCUCCGUGCUCUAUUUCCGGAAUCCCUUCACGAUAAGCCAUUGGAUUGGCACCGCUCUGGUCUUCUUUGGCACCAUACUCUUUGCCAACGUGUUCAUCCAGCUGCGAGAUGCGUUUCGGGAACGCGUGCUGCGGGGACGCGGGCAUACCCUAUUGCUCGCAGUUAUAGGGUAG